CUUCCAGCCCAGAGGGCAACCCACCACCAAUUCACACAAUAGACAAACAGCACAGGCCCCCAAUGCCUCCCAGGAUACCCAUCCGAGUGGCGCUGCCACGCUUCGCCGCAAUCAACCGCUCGCCCUCGCUCCUCCUCCCGCACAUCCCCCAGCGCGGCAUCAAGUACGGCUGGUCGACGGCACCGCCGCGGUCCAAGCACAAGCGCUUCAACCAGCCCAGCGCCGGGCUCCCCGCGCUGACGACGGGCCCGGCCGCCGCCCUGAAGCGCCGCGAGAACACGACGCCGCUGCGCUCGGGCGUGCUGGCCGUCAAGAAGGGCAUGACGAGCAUCUUCCAGGGCAAGACGCGCGUGGUGUGCACGGUGCUGCAGAUGGAUCAGGUGCAGGUGGUUGCGAACAAGACGCGCGAGAAGCACGGCUACUGGGCGGUGCAGAUUGGCCUCGGGGCCAGGCAGGGGCGCAACGUGACGAGCCCGAUGCUGGGAUACUACGAGGCAAAGGGCAUUGCGCCCAAGGCCGAGCUGGCCGAGUUCAAGGUCCGCGAUCAGGAGGGGCUGCUUCCCGUGGGCGCCCAGCUGCUGCCGGACUGGUUCCAGCUGGGGCAGCAUGUCGAUGUGCGGGCCCGGUCACGAGGAAUGGGCUUCGCCGGAGGUAUGAAGCGUCACGGAUUCGCCGGCCAGGAAGCCUCGCACGGUAACUCCAAGAACCACCGAACGAUUGGCUCAACGGGUCCCUCGCAGGGUGGUGGUAGCCGAGUCAUCCCCGGCAAGAAGAUGCCCGGCCGCAUGGGCAACGAGUUCCGGACGGUGCAGAACCUGAAAGUGCUCAAGGUGGACAACGAGCUGGGCGUGGUGCUGGUCAGCGGGCCGAUCCCCGGGCCAAAGGGCCGCAUUGUGCGGCUGCAGGAUUCGAAGAAGAGAAAGGCCCCUGCGCUGCCGUACAGAGUAAAGGCGUUGGAGCAGCUGGAUGAGAGACAGCCUGGCUUGCAGGAGAAGCUGGAGCAGGCGAGGCUGAGGCACUUGGAGAUGCAGGCUCAGCGCCAGGCACAUGUUGCGGAGGUGUAACAGAGGGUUUUUAUGACGAAAGUUAUAUACAGUGUAAAAAUACCAAAGACAGGGCCGUUGGAUGGAGACGGUGACAAGGGGCUCUAUGCUAAUGAAUACAUACAUGGAAGAGACCAGAGUGGGAAAAGGGUGAGGAAGUAAAAAGAAAAGCGGGCUUUUUUUGUAUUUAUAGGAGUACAUCAUACAUAUCAUGACAACCUCGCCCAAAGGCUCAACCAAACCAAAUAUACUUGUACACAAGAGAGCAUGGUCUCUUCUCUCUUCUCUCUUUCUCUUUUGAGAUUUUUAUUCCUUUCUCCAUCUGUCCAUCAACCAAUUCCUUUCAUCCCCCCCCUCAUCCGUGUUGUUUCCGCCCACAAGAGUCUCUCCAAACAGAGCUUCAUUCUCUCACCGGUUGAGCGCCCCCUGCUGUCUAAACCCCUUGGUCUGCAACUCCGCCACAUCCUCCUCCGACAACAGCCCCAAGUCACCCUCACUCUCGCCCCCGAGCAGCCCCCUAAACGGAUCCUCGCCAUCCAGCAAGUCCACCACCGUGCCGUCCUCCAGCGUCAGGCUCCACGCCGUCGUCUUGAACAGCGACUUGCUCGAGGGCCGGUGGCUCGCGAAGCGCAUCACGCCCGAGGCCUUUGAGCCCUUGACGCUGAAGCUGACGUCGAUGCGGCCCUUGACCUGGUUCAUCUGGCCGCUGAUCCAGGGGAUCUGGUGCUUGAAGUAGAUUUCGUCGCCGAGCAGGGCGUUGCCCUUGGGGGACGUGCGCAGCGCGUACAGCGUCGAGGCGAUGAUGGGCGACGACGUCUUUUGGUAGUUGAAGAUUGCGACGGAGCUGACGGCCACGAGGAGGACGAAGAUGGGAAAGGUGCGGCGCCAGCCGUUGGAGACUUCGCCGACGUCAGGCAAUUCACGAUCGGCUCGUCUCGACAUCAGCGGCCCAUCGCCGGGCUUUGGCGCAGGCGUCGUCGUCGUCGUCACUGUCCGCCUCUGCGCUGCCGCACGCGAAUUGGCGCUGCAUCUGCUGCCGACCCGUCGAGAAGCCACGGCCAGCAACCUCCUCC